AUGGGUGACCGUGGAAGCCACGACAUGAAUUCAGUGACCUAUGAGGAUGUGCACAUUGACUUCACUGAGGAUGAGUGGGUUUUACUGAAUCCUUCCCAGAGGAGUCUCUACAAAGAUGUGAUGCUGGAGACAUACAGGAACCUCACUGCUAUUGGUAUGAAAGAAACCAUAAUGGAGAGAAACCCUCUGAAUAUUCUCAGUGUGAUAAAGCCUUUGCAUGUUACAGUCAUCUUCAAAGGCAUGAACAAAUUCAUUCUACAGAGAAGUCAUAUGAUGUUAUUCAAUAUGAUGAAGCCUUUGCAGGUACCAGUUGUCUCCAAAUACUUAGAAGAACACAUACUGGAGAGAAACCCUAUGGAUGUAAUCAAUGUGGUAAAAGCUUUUCACAGAACAGUAGUCUUCAAGUACAUCAAAGGACACAUACUGGAGAGAAACCUUAUCAAUGUAAUCAAUAUGUCCCUGGCUGUUCAGAGGCCACACAAGACAGUCGGCAGAGGGAGGCAGGUGCCUCCUGCUCAGGAAAGAGGAAGCAUUGCUUGUGGCGGCGGUGGCAAAGCUGGCUGGGUACAAGCUUCUCAGCUGUUGUGGUGGCACUGGAUGUGA